AUGGACCCAGAAACGGUCAUUCAACCUCAGGCUCCUCCUGAUCUUCGCAUCCCGGACUCGCAGGUUACUGUGAAAGUGUCAAUCAUCGACACCACCAGCCACAUGAGCAAGUUUCCCAUGUUCGCCUUUGUCGAUCCGUUGAUGCCAGGCCAUCAUGAGAUGAACUGCGGUGACUUUGCUUUCUUGGUUGAGCAUCCCAAGAGCGGCAACAAGGCGUGCGCAAGGAUUGGGAGAACUUACCCCACGCCCUUCGUCCAUGGUGUCAAGCAAGGCGGCUGCGUAAUUGAGGUUGAUAAAGACGUUGCCACCAUUCUCAAGGAGAAUGGGAAAGACCUCUCCGAGGUGGGAGGCGUUGUUUGGUCACACUGGCAUUUCGACCACGUCGGUGAUGCACAGACAUUCCCAGGUACCACGGAUAUCAUUGUCAGGCCAGGGUUCAAGAAAGCGCAUAUCCCUGCGUGGCCAACCGAUCCUGAGUCUCACAUUGACGGGAAGGCCUGGGAAGGGCGCACACUUCGCGAGAUAGACUUCGUAACAGAGGGCAAUGGUCUCAAAAUUGGCCGGUUCGAUGCACUGGAUCUUUACGGCGACGGAACCUUCUACCUCCUCAACACCCCCGGCCACACUGUUGGUCAUCUAUCGGCCCUCGCUCGCACGACGUUGGAGCCCCCAACCUUCAUCUUCAUGGGAGGAGACAUCGCACAUCAGGGAGGGGAGUUCCGGCCGACACAGUACAUGCCCUUGCCCGCCGAGAUCUCUCCCAAUCCGUUCAGCCGCACUCUCCCACAUGCGGCCUUGACCUGUCCUGGUGACAUCUUCGUCGCGAUCCAUCCGAAGAAGAGCCGCACAGAGCCAUUCUUCAACCCAACCACGGCUGAUGGUGCAUGGCAUGAUUGUCCGCAUGAGGCGAAGCGCAGCAUCGACAAGAUGACCGAGUUUGAUGCAUACGAGAACAUAUUUCCGCCUAUGGGGCACUGUGGAUCUUUAUCCAAAGCCAGCUGA